AUGAAAAGAUUAUUUGUGACUUUCAUUAUUCAUGUUAUUCUAGUGGACACUAUCUUGUCCUUAUCUGAAUCUGACUCCUGUGAUGGAGAACACUGUGGUAGUGUUAUAUCUAUGCCAAUAAUGGACAAUAUGAAAGCUUCUUUGAAAGCUGACUUGGAUGUGUCUAUAAUGAAUAAGCAUAUAAAGGCAUACAUUGAACAGGAGAUUAAAAAGGGUGUGAAGACGGCCAUGGAAAGCAUGAUGCAACAAAUGAUAGAAAACAAAACAGAUAAGAUGAAUUCAGAAAUAACAGAAAAGUUUAAAGAUGCUGAGGAAAGACAAAAAGUAAAAGCAGAUCAGAUGGAAUUGCUCAUUAAAAACAAAAGUGAAGAAAUGUUGACAUUAUUUCAAGACAAUAAGGAAAAACAAACAAUUGAAACAGUUCAGAUGGAACUUCUCAUUAAAAACAAAACUAAACAAAUGUUAACAAUAAUUAAAGAUAAUGAGGACAUAAGUAUGGCAAACUUUGAGGUAAAAAUGGAAGAAUUAAAACAGAAAUUUGAACAAAAGGAUAGAUUGAAGUAUGCAUUCUUCUCCCAUUUGUCUUCUUCCAAGACAAACUUAACACCAAACACAAUAGUUAUAUUUGAUGUUGUACCACUGAACAUUGGUAGUGCUUACGAUGGUACCACAGGAAAGUUUACAUGUAAAGAAGAUGGGAUAUAUACAUUCUCCUGGACUACACUGUCUGGCUCUAAUCAAGAUUUCACCAGUGCUCUUGUAGUCGAUGGAACACCAAUAGCUAGUAAUGUAGUAGACAAUGAGUCAACUGGCGAUGCUUUGACAGGAUCUAUGAGUGUAAUUGUUAAAAUGAGAAAGGGACAACAGGCAUGGAUUAAAUGUGUCGGACCAUCAAAGAAUUAUUUAUAUAGUUCAUGGACUGGUAAUGCACCAUCUUCAGUGUUCUCAGGAUUUAAAAUUUAA